AGCCCCGUAGCUGGUGUUUUGCCAGAGAGGGACAGCCUGGCCCCAGCAUGCAGCGUGCUGUGCGGCUGCACGAUCGGAGGAGGCAGCCCAGUGUCAGAGAGGCUUUCUCGCACUCCGGGGCUUAGCGUCUCAGCGGGUCGGGCUGCUGGCCGCUUCUGAAGGUGAGAGUUGGAGCAGUGCCCUGCAGCUUGGUGGACAGUGGCCCGCUGGGUCUGCGGCUGCCAUCUUUUCUCUAAUGUAAUUCAGCGGAGCUGCCAGUACCGCCCCACCAGCAUGUUCAUGAGCGGUAAGUGGCCUGUUACUGCCUUUGCUGGCUUCUUAGCACAAGUUUCUUGUCUCUUGGAGGCAAUGCCAUCAGAAUCAGGCCACAGAGAGCAAGCUGAGUCCUUUACAGUCAGCACAAAACUUUGGAAAACACUAGAUCAGCAGCAAGAAUGUGCCAUUUGCCUCCUCCAGCUCCAUGUUCAGAAGAGGGCUCUGUGAUGUGGGAUUUUAACCACUCCCCCUCCCGCUUACUGAAAAUGCUUUAUGAAACAGGUAAUCAUCAAAUCACUUACUUCUUUUUUCUUAAUCCAGCAUCCCUGGAAAUGAAUGAGAACCCUUCUCAAACAGGACUGGAAAGGUUGAACUGAUCAUUUUCCACCUUAGUUUCAAGAUAAACCUUGAUCCUAGGCACUUUGUUCCAGAAGACCCUACAGGCAUUUCUCCUGUAUCACUGGAUGUGUUUUUUGCAGAAUGACACACCUCUCAAGUCAUCAGAGGGCCUGUGGGGUACAGCGUGACCUGGUGGCCCGAGUGUGCGAACAGCGGGUCACUGGGGGCUGGGAGGAUGCUGUGGACAGCCGAGGCCCGCGGCGCAGCGCAGUGCCAACAGUGUACAGGGCUGGCAGUGCUGAGGCCACGUUGGGGACAGCGGGGCUCUGAGCCCAUGGGGCUUGCCAGUAGGGCGCUUGCAGCUGGCCAUGUGGACCUCGCUGUAGAUCGGGCCCAGCACAGGCAGCGUCAGUGCAAACUUCCCCCACCCCGCCUUCCACCCAUGUGUGUCAACCCUGCCCCUGGAGGGACCAUCUCUCGAGCUUCUAGGGACCUAUUAAAAGAGUUCCCACAGCCCAAAAACCUUCUCAACAGUGUAAUUGGAAGAGCCCUCGGCAUCUCACAUGCAAAGGACAAACUGGUCUACGUGCACACGAAUGGACCGAAGAAAAAGAAAGUCACCCUCCACAUAAAGUGGCCCAAGAGCGUGGAGGUAGAAGGCUAUGGCAGCAAGAAGAUCGACGCCGAGCGGCAGGCUGCAGCGGCGGCCUGCCAGCUGUUCAAGGGCUGGGGACUGCUGGGUCCCCGAAACGAGCUGUUUGAUGCAGCCAAAUACCGUGUGCUAGCCGAUCGCUUUGGCUCUCCGGCUGACAGCUGGUGGCGCCCGGAACCCACCAUGCCACCUACUUCCUGGCGGCAGCUGAACCCUGAGAGCAUUCGGCCAGGGGGCCCUGGGGGCCUGUCCCGCUCCUUGGGCCGGGAGGAAGAGGAGGAUGAGGAGGAAGAGCUGGAAGAGGGGACCAUUGAUGUCACUGACUUCCUGUCCAUGACGCAGCAGGACUCCCACACCCCACUCAGGGACUCGAGGGGGGGUUCCUUUGAAAUGACAGACGACGACAGUGCUAUUAGGGCUCUGACCCAGUUUCCGCUUCCCAAGAACCUUCUGGCCAAAGUGAUUCAGAUAGCAACAUCGUCCUCCACAGCUAAGAACCUCAUGCAGUUCCAUACCGUGGGCACCAAGACCAAGCUGUCCACCCUCACUCUGCUCUGGCCCUGUCCCAUGACCUUUGUCGCCAAAGGGCGCCGCAAAGCGGAGGCUGAGAAUAAGGCGGCGGCCCUGGCCUGCAAGAAACUGAAGAGCCUGGGCCUGGUGGACCGCAACAACGAGCCACUUACCCACGCCAUGUAUAACCUGGCCUCUCUGCGUGAACUGGGUGAGACGCAGCGCCGGCCGUGCACCAUCCAGGUGCCUGAGCCCAUCCUCCGAAAGAUAGAGACCUUCCUGAACCAUUACCCUGUGGACAGUUCGUGGAUCUCCCCGGAGCUCCGGCUGCAGAGCGAGGACGUCUUGCCCCUGGGCAAGGACUCAGGGCCCCUGAGUGACCCUAUCACAGGCAAGCCCUACGUGCCCCUGUCAGAAGCAGAGGAGGUACGUCUGAGCCAGAACUUGCUGGAGCUGUGGCGGCGGCGAGGGCCAGUCUGGCAGGAGGCCCCCCAGCUCCCUGUGGACCCGCAUCGGGACACCAUCCUCAACGCCAUCGAGCAGCACCCAGUGGUGGUCAUCUCUGGGGACACGGGCUGCGGCAAGACCACGCGCAUCCCCCAGCUGCUGCUGGAGCGCUACGUGACCGAGGGCCGCGGCGCACGCUGCAACGUGAUCAUCACGCAGCCGCGUCGCAUCUCCGCUGUGUCCGUGGCACAGCGGGUCAGCCAUGAACUGGGCCCCUCCUUGCGCCGGAACGUGGGCUUCCAGGUGCGGUUGGAAAGCAAGCCCCCGGCCCGUGGCGGAGCCCUGCUCUUCUGCACCGUGGGCAUCUUGCUGCGGAAGCUGCAGAGCAAUCCCAGCCUGGAGGGUGUGAGCCACGUCAUUGUGGAUGAGGUCCACGAGCGGGACGUGAACACGGACUUCCUGCUGAUUCUGCUCAAGGGCCUGCAGCGGCUCAACCCGGCCCUGCGACUUGUGCUCAUGAGCGCCACGGGCGAUAACGAGCGCUUCUCCCGCUAUUUUGGUGGCUGCCCUGUCAUCAAGGUGCCGGGCUUCAUGUACCCGGUCAAGGAGCACUACUUGGAGGACAUCCUGGCCAAGCUGGGCAAGCACCAGUACCCGCACCGGCACCGGCACCACGAGUCUGAGGAUGAGUGCGCACUCGAUUUGGACCUCGUGACGGAUCUGGUUCUGCACAUUGAUGCCCGAGGGGAGCCAGGUGGAAUCCUCUGCUUCCUGCCUGGUUGGCAGGAGAUAAAAGGAGUACAGCAACGCCUCCAGGAGGCCCUGGGCAUGCACGAAAGCAAGUACCUCAUCCUGCCAGUGCACUCCAACAUCCCCAUGAUGGACCAGAAGGCCAUAUUCCAGCAGCCGCCGGUUGGGGUGCGCAAGAUUGUGUUGGCCACCAAUAUCGCGGAGACGUCGAUCACAGUCAAUGAUAUUGUGCAUGUGGUGGACAGCGGUCUGCACAAGGAGGAGCGCUAUGACCUGAAGACCAAGGUGUCCUGCCUGGAGACUGUGUGGGUGUCACGAGCCAACGUGAUCCAGCGCCGGGGCCGGGCGGGCCGCUGCCAGUCAGGCUUUGCCUACCACCUGUUCCCGCGGAGCCGGCUGGAGAAAAUGGUCCCUUUCCAAGUGCCAGAGAUUCUGCGCACGCCGCUCGAGAACCUGGUGCUACAAGCCAAAAUCCACAUGCCUGAGAAGACGGCAGUGGAGUUCCUUUCCAAGGCCGUGGACAGUCCGAACAUCAAGGCGGUGGAUGAGGCUGUGAUCUUGCUCCAGGAGAUCGGGGUGCUGGACCAGCGGGAGUACCUGACCACCCUGGGGCAGCGCCUGGCCCACAUCUCCACUGACCCCCGGCUGGCCAAGGCCAUAGUGCUGGCCGCCAUCUUCCGUUGCCUGCACCCGCUGCUGGUGGUCGUUUCCUGCCUCACCCGGGACCCCUUCAGCAGUAGCCUGCAGAACAGGGCGGAGGUGGACAAGGUGAAGGCACUGUUGAGCCAUGAUAGCGGCAGUGACCACCUGGCCUUUGUGCGGGCGGUUGCCGGCUGGGAGGAGGUGCUGCGCUGGCAGGACCGCAGCUCCCGUGAGAACUAUCUGGAGGAAAACCUGCUGUACGCCCCCAGCCUGCGGUUCAUCCAUGGACUCAUCAAGCAGUUCUCGGAGAACAUUUACGAGGCUUUCCUGGUGGGGAAGCCCUCAGACUGCACCCUGGCCUCUGCCCAGUGCAACGAGUACAGCGAAGAGGAGGAGCUGGUGAAGGGUGUGCUGAUGGCGGGCCUCUACCCCAACCUCAUCCAGGUGAGACAGGGCAAGGUGACCCGGCAGGGCAAAUUCAAGCCCAACAGCGUCACUUACAGGACCAAAUCAGGAAACAUCUUGCUACACAAGUCGACCAUUAACAGAGAGGCCACGCGGCUGCGGAGCCGGUGGCUGACGUAUUUCAUGGCUGUCAAGUCCAACGGCAGUGUCUUUGUCCGGGACUCCUCCCAGGUGCACCCACUAGCUGUGCUGCUGCUGACCGACGGGGACGUCCACAUCCGUGAUGAUGGGCGCCGGGCUACCAUCUCCCUGAGCGACAGUGAUCUGCUGCGGCUGGAGGGGGACUCGCGCACCGUGCGGCUGCUUCGGGAGCUGCGCCGAGCACUGGGCCGCAUGGUGGAGCGGAGUCUGCGCAGCGAGCUGGCCGCUCUGCCGCCGGGCGUGCAGCAGGAGCACGGGCAGCUGCUGGCGCUGCUGGCGGAGCUGCUGCGUGGGCCCUGCGGCAGCUUUGACGUGCGCAAGACGGCGGAUGACUGAGCCCCGUUGUCUGCUGGGGCUGUGUACAGAGUGCAAAUGUUUAUUUAAAAUAAAGUUCUAUUUAUCCCUUGUGAGCAUUGCUCUCCGCGGGGGGCUCCUCUCUCGGGGGCCCGGCACCCACGCUCCUGCUUCUUGCAGGGCCCAGGGCUGCUGCCUUUUCUGGGCCAGGACCCUGGCCUCCCUCUCGGGGCCAGUGGUCCACUGCAGGCUCUUCGUGAAUCUUUACCUCCUAGCCCCUUGAGCAGAACCAGGGACAAGUUCCACAGGCAGCUAAGGCCACUUGAACCUUAACCUUCAGGGGCCUUAGGUGGUACAGCAGCCCUUUUGUGAGCUGUGACUUUGCUAAUAAAGUCAUCAAGACAGCAUGGUACCCAGCAGCCCGCUGAAGCCAGCAGAUGCACUACGGGGCAAGGUCAGUGAUGCUGGAGCUGGAGACAAACCAGGACGGACAGAAGAGACGGGCCCGUGCGGUAGGACAUCAUGAGCUUUAUUGACUCUUGAGAUAAGUACAACAGAAUCACAGAUUGACACAGGCAAUGGCUGAGCCAGAAGCAAACUGGAAGUGCAGAAAUGCACCCACAUGCUGUCAGGGCACCUUCUCGGCCUUGGGGGACGCUUCAAGGGAGCUGGGACCACACCAGCCCACACAGACUGUUCCCCAUGAGGCUCACUUCUCACAGCCCUUCCCUCGGACUGGGAGCCAGUCACCUGCCUCAGCAUCUGUGGCCCCGGGGCUAAAGAGGAGGGUACAGGUACUUUCCGGCUCUGCAGCUGCCCCACUUCCUCCCCAGCUGCCUUCCGUCCCUCUCCUGCUGACAAGACGCGGGUGCCCCGAUGUCCUUGGCACAUGGCACUCUAGCAUCUGGUGCAGGGAAGGCUUUCUCCACCAGCCCCCUGCAGCAUGUGCUCGGGGAGCUGCGGAUGUGGUGUCCCACCUCCCUGAGGGAAAUGCUACCUCCGAAGUGGGAGAACCUGCUGGCCCAGAUGCCCGCCCUCUACAUGGAGGUCCGAUUGGAACCAACGUCAAGAACCCUUCCUCCUGGGCUCCAGGAAGGGAGACAACAGGUGCAGUGGCGGGGUGGGGCGGCGAGGGGCCAAGUCUGGCGACCUCAAGGGGCAAGUCUGCACUGCAGGAAAUGCUCCUCCAGAGGAGACGCCCUCAGAGACUCCCCGCCAUUUCACUACAAACUGUUAAAUUUUAAUCCUUUAUUAGAAACCAUGCAAACUUUAAUACAAAAAAAAAAAAAAUACAAGUGCAAUAAGAAUCUUCGUGUCAAUACAAUUCCCGGGAUUUCUCAUCAUUGCAGCCGUCCCAAGACCGGGCCUAGCUGGGACACCCCUGCACAGGCUGGCCUCGCCUCUCCCCCUCCCCAGUCAGGCUGUUAGGGGUGGGGGAGAUGGCUGGUCUCCUGCCUUUUUGAAAUUUCCACACCUGAUUCCCCAUCCCCCACAUGAGUCUGGACAUCUUGGGCUCCUGGUAACAGGGCUCUGGUGUCCUAGGCCUUCGAGUCUGGAGGAUUAUGACCUCCAGAGUCUUUCCCUGCUUCUCCAGCCCCAAACUUGUACCUCCCACUACAUCCCAGGGAAUGAGACAGAUAGAGAUGCCAAAACCAGCCUCUUGGUUAGAAAAGAAAAGCAGCAUACACACAAAAUACCAGAACAACCAGACCACACUCUGACCAGUCCCUAGUAUGCCCUCCCUGCUCACCAGGCUACAGCCCCUGUACCUCACCUGCCGUGCCCACACCUUCUCCGGGGCCCCAAGCUGCCCAGGCCAGGGCAGCCCCUGAUGCCUGACCUCCUGGCUGGAGGCUUAAGGAUCUCCCCUCCCUGUUUCCUUUAACACCUACUGAGGACUUUCGUUUAGACAUGGCUUCAACCUGCAAAACUCCUCUACCAGUUUUUAGGUUAUUUAAAAAAAA